UCUGUCCGUGAAUACCUGCCACUUCAUACUAAGUUAGGGACACUUGCCCUGCGUGUGUAUGAGUGUGGACAGCAAAGAGAGUGACAGCAAGAGGGAGACGGAGAGAAAGUGGAUAACUGGGAAGAUUGCAUCAUCUAAAUUCAACAACCCAUCAACUAAACACCCUUCUUUUUGAAAUUGCCAUUGCCAAAACUCUUAAGAUUUUGUGUACUUGAUAUUUGCUGCAGUGCAGCUGGCUGUGGAUAUGGCUGGUUGUCUGCAAAGGAUAAUGCUGUUUAAAGCAUGGGCUUUUGCUCUAUUUAUUCUAUUUGGUUUUGGCUGCUGCUUUUCCCCUGUAAAAGCAGAGCCAUUCAACACAGCAUACCUCUACAAGCACAGAUCUGGACCUAAUGCUGAUUCAAUUCUAAUCGCAAACAAUGGUAUUAGAGUUCCCUUUGGACGGUCUGUCUACCUGGAUCCUAUUAAUGACCUGGUGACUGAAGUGCAGCCAGGAGAUCGUUGUCACAUUACAGUGUUAGACAAUGACCCACUGGCACAGAAACCUGGCAUGUUGACCCCAAAGAAGUUCCCCUGCGCUUUUGGUCCUGAGGAGGUAAAAUACACACAUUUUGGAUCCAGGAGCCCCAGCAAAGAUCGCGUGAAACUCCAGCUGCGAUAUGACUCACAGACAGACACAGUGGUGGUGCCUUUCAUGCUGGAAGUUGAAGUUGUCUUCCAGCAGUUGGAGAUUCUGACCCGAAACAUGCCCUUAGUUGUGGACAAACUCAAUGGGCAGAGCAACCCAAUUGAUAAAAAAGGCCUGGAAUUUGCAUAUGAAGACGGUGUCACAAAAUGCAAGGUGACAACACUGGUUGGUGCAGGUGGACUUCCCAGGUAUGGCAAACUUUUAGAUAAUUCUAUUAAUGGCCAAAUGAUUGACUGUGAUGAGUUUGUUAAGAAAGGCAUUCGAUACCAACACACAGCCAAGACCAACUCACCAAAUAGGGACUACAUCCCGAUGUUAGUAGAGGUGCAUGACAACGACGGCAACACUAUUCAACAAGAGCAUUUUCAUGUCAUGGUUAGAAUUAAAGAGGGGUCAGAAAAUACCCCGCCAAAACCAAGCUUUGUUGCAAUGAUGAUGAUGGAAAUAGAUCAGUUUGUGAUGACAGCCAUUACCAGUGACAUGCUGGCAGCUGAAGAUGUUGAGACCCCUGCCGAUGACUUGAUCUUUAACAUUACCUCUCCACUGGGGCCACAGCAGGGCUUUAUAAUCAGUACGGAUGACCAAAACUUACCUAUUACAUCCUUCUAUCAGAGAGACAUUAAGGACCUGAAAAUUGCCUAUAAGCCACCCUCUGAAGAUUCAGAUGUGGAGAGAAUUUUCCAGAUUGAAUUCGAGAUAGUGGAUGCUGAAGGUGCUGCGUCUGACCCAUUUGCUUUUAUGAUUGUUGUUAAGCCCAUGAACACGCUGGCACCUGUGGCAACCAAAAACACUGGGCAGUUGCUGUUUGAGGGGCAGUCCAGACCACUGUCAAGUGAUCAGAACUUAGAGAUUAGUGAUGAAGACAAUUUAGAGAAUGUGAGGAUCACUGUUGUUGACGGUCUGAAACAUGGAGAGCUGACAGUGCUGAGGUCCCAGCGAAAGUUUUUCACGCCAUCUGAUCUGGAUGCAGGCAUUGUUGUGUACCAGCAUGAUGGCAGUGACACAUACAGUGACAACAUUAUUUUCAGAAUGACUGAUGGGAGCAAUGAAGUCGAAUUUCUCUUCCCCAUUACUAUUGCCCCCACUGACGAUGAGCCUCCAAUUAUAAAUGCUAACACGGGCAUUGUGCUCCACAAGAAUGAGAUGAUGCAGAUAUCCCCCUUCAUACUAAGUGCAACAGACAUUGAUUCAGAGGAUUCAACCAUUAAGUUCACACUGGAAGCUCCAUACUCAACUGUUGGAGAACUGCUCCUCAGGCAGGUUGAGCCUCCUGCCGAUCCAUCCACUUGGACAUUCAGUGAGACAGAUGAGAUUUUUGAACAGGUGGUAACAGAGUGGUUUCAGCAGGACAUUCUAGAUGGAAAGCUUUUUUACCGUCACACUGGGCCUCAUAGCACUACAACUGUAAUAGAUCAGGUAGCAUUCCAUGUCCAGGAUGACAACGAUCCACCAAACCAGUCAGGAAAACACAUUUUUAUUGUUAAAAUCCAACCAGUUGAUGAUCUACCCCCCGAACUUUAUCCUGACACAACCCUCCAUAUGACUGUGCAGGAAUAUGAGCUUACGCCCUUCACAAAGAAGUUCUUGCGGUAUACUGACCUUGACUGUGAUGACAGAGAUCUGAGAUACACCAUUAAAAAGGUCCCCACGGAUACAGAUGAAAACAACCCAGUGCCGUUGGGUAACCUAGUUCUCACUGACAGUCCUGAUACCGUCAUUACUGUAUUCACUCAGGCCCAGAUCAAUCACCAUAAAGUAGCUUACAAACCACCAGACCAGGAGCUCGGCAUCACACCCAAAGUACUUCAAUUCACAUUCAUAGUUGAGGACACAGCUGGUAACUCAGCUGAUGGCAUUUUCACAAUAUUCUUGCAGCCUGUCGAUAACAAGCCUCCAAUGAUCACCAACACUGGCUUUACUGUGUUAGAAAGAGGUGUGUAUAUCAUUACCAAGAAGGAGCUGGAUGCUUCAGAUCAGGACACAGAGAUUGAGAACAUCAUUUUUACUGUGACGCAGAUACCUCGAUAUGGGCAUUUGCAGUACCUUGGCAUAGAAAUGACAAAAGAUGAGACGUUUAUGCUUGAAGACAUCGAGAGCGGCCGCUUGGCCUACACGCAUGGUGGUGCAGAAUCCCUUAGUGACACCAUCAAAGUUGAUGUAAGUGAUGGGUUCCAUGAGGUACCUAUCAUCAUAAAAAUCACCAUCAAACCGGUUGAUGAUGAGAUGCCCACUAUCAUGUUACCGGCAGGACUCCUGGGAGCCUCUAUCAAUGUGUUGGAGAAUGGGGCCACUGAGAUAACUAGCAAUGUUAUCCAGGGCCAUGAUGAAGACACUGAUGACUUGAUGUUGACAUUUAUAGUUGAAGAGCCACCUAGACUGGGUGACAUCUUGGUGAAUGGCCGGCAAGCAGAGCGCUUCACUCAGCAAGACAUCAUUAAUGGAGUGGUAGUAUAUGCACACACCAGUGGUGAAAUAGGCCCUUACAAGCUUCAUGACUCCUUCAAUCUCUCUUUAUCUGAUAUGUCUGAAGAAUGGGUGGUAGGGGGUAACAAGGUCCAGGGGGUAACAGUGCAGGUUACAAUUCUACCACUCGACAGCAUACCACCUAUUGUAAUAGUAGGAGAACAGUUUGUUGUGGUGGAAGGGGAAAAGAACACUAUUACCCUUGAGCACAUUCAAGCUGAGGAUGUUGACACAAAUAACGAUGAUAUCUUGUGCACCAUUAUUGUCCAGCCAUCAUCAGGCUACAUUGAGAACAUCUCACCCGCACCAGGCUCAGAAAAGUCCAGAGCGGGCACUGCUAUCACAGCCUUCACCAUUAAAGAUGUUGGCUUAGGCCAUAUCCAUUAUGUUCAGAGUAUCCACAAGGGAGUAGAGCCAGUUGAGGACAGAUUCACAUUCCGCUGUUCAGAUGGUAUUAAUUUCUCUGAACGGCAUUUUUUCCCAAUUGUAAUUGUGCCAGCCAAUGAUGAAAAGCCAGAAAUAUUUGUCAGGGAGUUUGUGGUGAUGGAGGGCAUGAGUCUUGUGAUCGAUACUCCCAUACUGAAUGCAGCAGAUGCAGACAUCCCGGGGGAUGAGCUCGAAUUUGAGAUAAUCAAAAACCCCAAGCAUGGCAGCAUUGUCCAACAGAUGAGUUCUGGCACUGUGCCGGUUGUGAGGUUCUCGCUUGAGCAAAUAAAGGAAGCCUCCAACAUUGUCUAUGAGCAUGAUGACUCAGAAACUAAAGAAGACAGCUUUGAAAUCAGACUCUCUGAUGGCAAGUUCACUGUUGAGAAGAAGGUGCCCAUUAUGGUCAUUCCUGUUGACGAUGAGACACCCAGAAUGGCAAUUAAUGAUGGCCUGGAGGUUGAAAUCGGAGAGACCAAAGUAAUCACCAACAGGGUCAUGAAAGCUACUGACCUUGACUCUGAAGAUAAAGAACUUACUUACAUAAUUCGUCACGGGCCAGGACAGGGCUACCUCCAGCGUAUCACCAAACAUGGAGAUGUGGUUGGGAACAUAACAAUUGGGACAAACUUCACACAGGAUGAAGUCGACAAACGACUGAUCCAGUAUGUUCACACAGGCCAGGAGGGUAUCCGUGAUCUCAUGAAAUUUGAUGUCACAGAUGGCAUCAACCCCCUAAUCGACCGAUACUUCUACAUAAACAUUGGCAGCAUUGACAUGGUCUUCCCUGAUGUCAUCAACAAAGGGGUGACCCUGAAAGAGGGAGGGAAAGUAACCUUGACUACUGAUCUCCUCAGCACCACUGACAUCAAUAGCCCAGAUGAGCACUUGACAUUCAGUAUCACACGUGCCCCCAGUAGAGGUCACCUGGAAUGUUCAGACUUACCAGGUGUGCCCAUCUCCACAUUCACCCAGCUGCAGCUUGCCGGAAACAAGAUCUAUUACAUUCACACAUCUGAUGACGAGAUGAAGAUGGACAGCUUUGAGUUUGAGGUGACGGACGGUUACAACCCUGUCUUCCGGACAUUCAGGGUGUCCAUUACGGAUGUUGACAAUAAGAAGCCAGUCCUGACUGUUAACAAGCUUGUGGUCGAAGAGGGUGAGUCUAAAUUGAUCACACCUUUUGAACUAACCGUGGAGGACCGUGAUACACCAGAUAAUCUGCUCCGCUUUGUGAUCACACAAGUGCCAGUUCAUGGUCAGCUUUUGUACAAUGCCAGCCUGCCAAUCACUUCCUUCACCAAACAGGACCUGAAUGAAAACCUCAUCACGUACAAACACGAUGGUACAGAGACAAAUGAGGACAGCUUCUCAUUCACUGUUACAGAUGGAACACACACUGAGUUCUAUCUCUUUCCUGACACCGUCUAUGAGACUCGAAAGCCCCAAACUAUGACUAUUCGCAUCAAUACUGUAGAUAAUGGUGUGCCACAGAUUGUGGUGAACAAGGCAGCACCGACUUUGAGGGUGCUCCACACCGGACACCUUGGCUUCUUAAUAACCAGCAAGGCCCUGAAGGCUGAGGACAGAGACAGCCCAAGGAAAGUGCUGAAGUUCUCAGUGUCUGAACCUCCUCAGCAUGGGUUUAUCAUAAACACUGCCCUUGGCAAUGACAGCAUCAAAACCUUCACACAGGCUGAAAUCGAUGACAUGAAAAUCUGUUAUGUGCUGUUGGAUGGAAGCAAUGCCACAAGUGACAUCUUCUACUUCACAGUCGAGGAUAAUGGGGGCAACCAGCUGAAGCCUCAGCCAUUUAGACUGAACUGGGCUUGGAUCUCCCUGGAGAGAGAGUUCUAUAUCGUGGAUGAGGAUGCCAAGUUUCUGGAAGUGACCCUGAAGAGGAGAGGAUACCUGGGAGAGACCUCAUUUGUCAGCAUUGACACGAAAGAUGGAACAGCUGAGAAGGAAAAGGACUUCAGAGGAAAGGCCCAGAAGCAAGUUCAGUUUAACCCAGGUCAGACCCGGGCCACAUGGCGAGUUAAAAUUUUCACAGACCAAGAGUUUGAAACUUCAGAGACCUUCCAGAUUCAACUGUCAGAGCCUGUGAUGUCUGUGCUUGAGUAUCCAGACACGGCCACUGUGGAGAUUGUGGACCCUGGAGAUGAGUCCACCGUGUUCAUCCCUCAGUCUGAAUACCACAUAGAGGAGGACAUCGGGGAGCUUCUGGUCCCUGUCCGCCGCACUGGAGAUGCCAGUCAGGAACUUAUGGUGAUCUGUUACACCCAACAAGGCAGUGCCACAGGCACGAUCCCCAGCUCGGUUCUGUCAUACUCUGAUUACAUCACACGGCCUGAAGACCACACAAGCGUAUUGCGGUUUGAGAGGGAUGAACGCGAGAAGUUCUGCCGUAUCAUCAUCAUCGAUGAUUCCCUAUAUGAAGAAGAAGAGAACUUCAACGUUUCGCUGAGCAUGCCUAUGGGAGGCCAGGUUGGCACCAACUUCCCAAGCGCACGUGUAACCAUCCUGGCAGACCAUGACGAUGAGCCCUCCCUGUACUUUGGGGAGCCGGAGUAUUCUGUGGAUGAGAGUGCAGGUUAUGUGGAAGUGCAAGUAUGGAGGACGGGAACAGACCUUACCAAGACAGCCACCGUGACUGUGCGGUCCCGCAAGAGUGAGCCCAUCUCUGCUGAAGCUGGGCUUGACUAUGUUGGCAUCAGCCGCAAUUUGGACUUUGCUCCUGGCGUGACAAUGCAGACCCUGCGGGUGACGAUCCUCGAUGACUUGGGCCAGCCAAAGCUUGAGGGGCCGGAGACCUUUGACCUGGUGCUGCGCAUGCCAAUGACCGCAGUGCUGGGGGAGCCUAGCAAGACCACCAUCACCAUCAAUGAUACACUUACAGAUGUUCCAAAGGUGCAGUUUAAAGAAGGGGAGUACCAAGUGGAUGAGGCGGAUGGUGUGGUCCGGGCCAUGCUCUAUCGAAGUGGAGACAUCAGCCUCCAUUCCACUGUGCGCUGUUACACUCGUCAGGGCUCUGCUCAAGUCAUGAUGGACUAUGAGGAGAGACCCAACACUGACGCCUCAGUCAUUACUUUCCUGCCAGGUGAGAGCGAAAAGCCAUGCGUGGUCAACCUGAUGGACGACUCGGUUCAUGAAGAGGACGAGGAGUUCCGACUGGUGCUGGGGUCACCAAAGAGCAAGUCCCCUUAUGGAGCAGCUCUGGGGGAGCAGAAGGAAGCACUGGUCACCAUCACUGACCAGAAAGACAAGCCUAUCAUCAGGUUCUCGGAACUGAAAUACAGUGUAAGAGAGCCACAGGUAGCUGGGGAAAUCGCUGUGGUGAAAAUACCUGUGCUACGCCUGGGUGACACGUCCAAAGUGUCUGUUGUGAGAGUCCACACUAAAGAUGGCUCUGCCACCUCAGGGGAGGACUACAACCCUCUCUCUCAGGAUGUGGAGUUUAAAGAGGGAGAACAGGAGCAUGUGGUGGAGGUUGAGGUCCUGUAUGAUGGAAAGAGGGAGAUUCGAGAGGCAUUCACUGUCCACAUGAAACCCGAUGAGUACAUGAUAGCUGAGAUUCAGAUGAACAAAGCUAUCGUGUACAUUGAGGAGAUGGACAGUGUUGCAGACGUCACCUUCCCAGCAGUGCCUCAGGUCAUUUCUCUGUUGACGUAUGAUGAAACAGGACAGGUUAAAGACAACCCCCAUCCUGCCAAUGGAUACCCUGUUGUAUGUGUUACGGCCUGCAACCCCAAAUACUCUGACUUUGACAAAACAGGCUCCAUUUGCACGGUGGAGAACAUUAAUGACACUCUGACCCAGUACCGUUGGUUAGUGAGCGCGCCAACAGGGUCUGAUGGUGUCACCAGCCCCAUGCGUGAGGUGGAUACCAACACCUUCUUCACCAACACAAAGUCCAUCACUCUGGACUCCAUCUACUUCCAAGCAGGAUCGCGAGUCCAGUGCGCUGCCCGGGCAUACAACAUCAAAGGAGAGGCUGGCCUGGAGCUCAGCUCACCUAUCGUCACCAUCAGCAGAGAUGAGGGUAUGUGCCAGCCUCGUAUCCCUGGAACUGUUGGUGCAGAGCCAUUCUCUGCAAAGAUCAGAUACACUGGACCUGAUGACCCUGACUACCCCAACCUUAUCAAGCUGACCAUCACCAUGCCACACAUGGACGGCAUGCUCCCGGUCAUCUCCACUCGGCCCCUGUCCAACUUUGAGCUGACCCUGAGCCCGGACGGCACCCGUGUAGGGAACCAUCGUUGCUCCAACCUGUUGGACUUUAAUGAGAUCCAGACAGGCCAUGGCUUCAUCACCGACUCCACCAAGAACCCUGAGAUCAUCGGAGAGACCUCACCAUAUCAGUACAGCGUGGGCAUGCGCAGCGCCAACUCCCUGCGCUUCUACCGCAACCUCAACCUGGAGGCUUGUCUCUGGGAAUUCAACAGCUACUAUGACAUGUCUGAACUGCUCAACACGUGCGGCGGCUCCGUUGGCACCGAUGGUCAGGUUCUGAAUCUUGUGCAGUCUUAUGUGACCCUACGCGUACCACUAUUUGUUUCCUACGUCUUCCACUCUCCUGUGGCCGUGGGAGGAUGGCAGCAUUUCGACCUGCAGUCAGAGCUCCGCCUUACCUUUGUGUACGACACGGCUAUUCUGUGGCAGGACGGCAUUGGCAGCCCGCCAGAAGCAGAGAUGCAAGGCGCCAUGUACCCAACCAGCAUGCGAAUCAAUGAAGAAGGCCGUCUGGUGGUGAACUUUAAAACUGAGGCUCGAUUCAGGGGCCAGUUUGUUAUGUCCCAUCCAGCAACAUCUCUAGCAUCCAUGAUAAUGUCUGCGGAUCACCCUGGAUUGACCUUCACCCUCUCUUUGGUGCGCACUGAGCCCACCUACAACCAGCCCAUGCAACAGUGGAGCUUCGUGUCAGAUUUUGCUAUCCGAGAUUAUUCAGGCACAUACACGGUGAAGCUGAUUCCCUGCAGCGCCGCCCCCAGUGGCGAGUUCAGCAUUCCCCCAGUCUGCCACCCCCGAGAGCCUCUCACCUUCGACAUGGACAUCCGCUUCCAACAGGUCAGUGACCCAGUGUCUGCAGAGUUCAGUCUGAACACCCAGAUGUUCCUGCUGUCCAAGAAAGAGCUGUGGUUGUCCGAUGGAUCCAUGGGCUUUGGAGAAGGAAGUGACUCUGCCUUUUCUGAAGGUUCUACCAUCUAUGGCCGAGUCAUGGUGGAUCCCGUUCAGAACCUUGGAGAAUCAUUCUCCUGCAGCAUUGAAAAGGUUUUCCUUUGCACUGGCACUGAUGGCUAUGUUCCAAAGUACAACCCCACCAACAAAGAGUAUGGUUGCCUUGCCGACGCUCCUUCACUGCUCUACCGCUUCAAGAUCCUGGACAAGGCACAGCCUGAGACCCAGGCUACUGCAUUUGGAGAUGUUUCUUUUGAUGCCACUUUGGCUCAGGACUUGCCAGGAGCUCUGUCUUUGAUCAGACAGUCUGGUUCUGAUGGAUUUACUCUCUCCUCCUCACCACUCUUUCAGGUGGCUGCCGGCCGUGAGUGGUUCAUCCACACUAUCUACACCCUCCGCUCUCGUGAGAAUGCCAACCGUGGCAUUGGCAAACGCAGCUUGGAGUACCACCACGCCGUCUCCUCUGUCUCCUCUGAGGCCGAUAACCUCCCUCAGAGCCGCCGGCGACGCUCUGCUCCAGAUGCGGAUGCGCUAGACAUAGGUUUUGAAAACAAUCGUGGCACCAACAUCCAGCACAUUGCCCUGGACCGGGCUGACCGUAUCCGCGUGAGCCAGAGGCAGCCCUGGGCUCUGGAGCCAGGCGUUAGCCAUGAGCGCCCCCUAGUGGAGGGAAGCCUGGGAAGGGAGCCUGACUCGGACUGGGGUCUGCCAGUGGGUAUGUCCACCCUGCUUGGGCUGGUGGGGCUGCUGCUACUGCUCUGUCUUGUGGUGCUUCUCGUGGUGCUGCUGGUGCGACGGAAACGAAAGGAGAAAAAGCAGCCUCCCUACUCCACCUCCUCCAGCGCAGCAUAUCGAGACACUGGGAGCAGCUACCAAGGCAUGACCAGUGCAUGGCAACGAUCCGACAGCUCAGAGGUUUAAGAAAUGCCUGUCAAAGCUUGUUGUCGCUCACCCAGAUAUGUCCUGGCCCUUCUCCUCUGCCAAACAGAUCCCUUCAGUGGCCUCUGAAAAUACCACUUCCCAAAUGCAUUUAGCCUGCAUUAACUUAAAAUGUUGUCUGACGAACAGCCUAAGUAGUCAAAUUCAAAUAGGGGCCUAAGUCAUGAAAGGAUGUUUUUCUCUGAUCUCAGAUUAGAAUGUAUAGGCUACUGUAUUUAUCACAUAUACCGCUGGUCUUUGGUGCACAACAAACAAUUAUGAUUUAAACAACGGGUACAGUUUAGGAAAUCUUUGCUAGUGCUCUGACAUUGA